CCAACCUGGGAGGUACUCCUGGGACGGCUGCACACUCCUUCCCACAGGGCUGGGUAAUCAGAUAAAUCAAUUAGCAGAUGUCAGUGCAGUUAACGGGGAAAGCCACACUGGCAUAGGUGUGUUAGCGUGACUACGCUUUCCUCUUCCCUGAUGGGUACCCAGCAACUGGAUCAGCUUCUCUAGACCUGGAAGGGUGGAGCAGAGGACUCUGCUUUCUGGCUGUUGUUCCUGGGUUCAGAGAUCUGUCCCUGACGGAUCCUUAGGGAGAGGGCACUUUUGUGAACUAGGAUGUGGGUUUGGACCUUGCACCGUGAUCAAAUCCCUUUUUUAGUGUCCUUUUCUCCAUUUGUCUUAGCCAGUGACAGCUAGCUCAGCCCCAUCUCCUGGGUGGACUUUGGACCACGCUGUAGCUUUGUCCCCAGCCCUGUCUCUGGCUCCAUCCCCUUUUUGCUCCUGAAGGGAGCCCCUAAAUGGGCCCAGUGCAUCCUCAGGGAUGCGAUCCCAGCACCCAGCUAUGCUCAGCUCAGGCUCAAACCCUGCACAGAGUGGCUCUGGUGGCUUUUACUUCAGGCUAAAAAGAAGGGCAACACUUCCUAGGUUUUCCUUCUGCUUUUAUCCAUUAAUCCGCCUCUGGCUGAUCUUUUACUUGCUCCCCAGCUUCUCUCAUGUGCUUGUGCUCCUUCCCUCGGUCUCCCUUUUACAGCUACUUUUUAAAUUUCUUCUUUCUGUGACAUUUGUCUGCAGAGUCAGUCAGAGCCCCGCUGAGCAGCUCCUGCCUCCAGGCUCUUUGCUGCUGAAUCCCAUCUUUUGCCCUGCUCCACCUGCCCUUCCACGGCAGGCUCCCUGAUCCUCUCUGCUUUCGCAUGAGUGCAUCUCUUUUGCCCUCUGCUUUUCAGUCUGGCAGCUUGCUCCCGCUCAGUGCCGUUGGGAGCACAGCCUAUCUGCCGCCAGCUCCAGGAUCCAGCCAUCCCAGAGCCGCAGCAGAAAGGGGGGAAAACUGCCUGGAAGCGUAGCUGCUAAAAUGUACCUCAGCCUUGAAGGGAUCCUUUUCAUUUGGACCCCCCCGUGUCUUCUGCUGAGUAAUUGAUCACCGUGCACCCGGGGACACCCAAUUCACAGCCGAGUGGGAUCAGCCCUCAUGAAUAAGCAAAGCGCCGUGGCCGUGCUGCUGCAGGAGUGCGAGCGGGCUCUGGACACGCUCCUGGCACCCAAGGCCGGCACGGGCGAGGGAGAGGAGCGGGAAUACCGGCAGUGCCAAGCUCUGCUUCCUGAGGAGCUGAGGAGCCUCCUGGAGGAGGCAAAGGAAAUGAAGUGGCCCUUUGUGCCGGAGAGGUGGCAGUACAAACAAGACCUCGGCCCAGAAGACAAAACAAACCUGCAAGAUAUGAUCAGCGCCAGGCUCCCUGACUUGCUGGCUUAUCUGAAGGCUUCCAUCCUUGCCGGGGACUGCAGCACGGCCACGGCCGUGGUGUUCCUGAUUGACCGCUUCCUCUACUGGAUCGACGCCUCCAGCAGGCUCCUGCGGAUCGCCAAGGGGCUGCACCGGCUGCAUCCCACCGCUCCCAUCAGCCCGCAGGUGCUCAUCCGCCAGGCUCGCCUCGCCGUCAACGCAGGUAAACUUUUAAAAGCUGAGUAUAUCCUCAGCAGCCUGAUUAAUGACAACGGGGCAACAGGAACCUGGCGAUACGCCGAGGAGAGCGAUCGGAUUCUUGUUCAGGCAGUCUGCUUGCAAAUCAGGGGGCAGAUUCUGCAAAAGCUUGGGAUGUGGUAUGAGGCAGCAGAGCUGAUCUGGGCUUCAAUCGUGGGAUACUUCAAACUUCCCCAGCCAGAUAAAAAGGGAAUUGCCACAUCCUUGGGUAUUAUGGCAGACAUCUUUGCUUCCAUGAAUGAGCAGGAUUAUGCACGCUUUAAAAGCAAUGCUGACAUUGACCUGAGCCUCCUGCAGGAGUUCAGCCACCGCUUGUUGUCGGCGGCUGAGGCCUGCAAGCUGGCAGCUGCCUACAGCCAGUACACCCCCCUGUUUGUCCUCACGGCCGUGAACAUCCGUGGGAUGUGCCUGCUGUCCUACAGCCACUCCAAGGACUGCCCCCCGGAAAAGAGAGAGUUCUACUUGUCUGAAGCCAAAGAAUCCUUUGAGAUUGGGCUGCUCACCAAGGAGGAGCAGAGUGCCAUCACCAGCAAGCAGGAGCUGCACAGUUUCAUCAAAGCCGCCUUCUGCCUCGCCACCGUGCACCGAUGGCUCUACGGAGAGAGCCGGGAGCUCCGUGAGGUGGCCCAGCUGUGCAGGGAAGCCCUGGGAAAACUGCACUCCUACAGCACCUUGUUUCCAGAGGAGGAGGAUAAAGGGAUGCUUGCCAAAGAGAUCAUGUCUGUGAUCGCGUCCGUGAAGAAGCGCCUGCGAGUGGGAAGCUUCCCAAAUUCAGAUUCCAGCUCUUAUGUCCCAGACAGUUAUAAAGGCUCGGUACAAAAACCUGUCCUGCAGGGGGAAACCAGCUUUGAGAAAAUCCUUGCCAAGCAUUCCCAGCAUCACCUGUCAGUGUGCCAAGUGUUCGAAAAAACUUGCAGGAUUCAUAAAACCACACCGGGAGAAAUCCAGGUGGGAGCGUGUAUCACGACCUUGAGAACAGAGACCAAAGCCACGGACACUGUGUGCACCACUGAAGACACAGUUCGCCAGAAGAGAGGUGCUGGGAAAAUCCUGAACUCACCAACAGCAGGAAGCACCUCAGAGGGACCCAGUGGCCAAAGAAAUCAAGACAUUUGCUCUGGUGUGAUGAAAAUUUCCUUCGAAGAGGAGGCUGAGCCAUUAGAAAUGAAAAUAAACGGCGAAAACGAUGUUUUCAGCAGAGGGCAAAACGGGAGCCAAAGCACUACUUCUGAGAAGUCUUGGUGCAAGCUGCUUAAAUCCAGUUACUCUUCCAGCUGGGAGGAGCUAAGCUGCAAUAGCAGCAGAGAGUCUCUCAGGAACGGGCAGCAAGGGGAGAAGGACUCAGCAGGGGAGCGGUGCUGCACCACAGAAUCUGAUGGAAACAAUCAGGAUGCUCCCUUGUGCUCGUUACCUCCCGGAGCCCGGCAUCCUGCUCCUCCAGAAUCCCUCCAUGGCUGUGGGGGAUCUCCUGAGCAUUCCUCAGAGGGGCCCACGCCUCCAGCAGGGAGGAUGGUGGAGGAGCCCCUCUGCGGAGAAGAGCUGCAGAAGGGAGGACACCGUGGAAGGAGCUCUUCAGAAAAGAAAGCAAAGGGCUCGAACAAUGAGUUUCCUUCCCUCUCCGCCUCUUACUCUGUUCCUACAGGCCAGGAGGAGGAGGAGGAGGAGGAGGAGAAGUCCUUUUCCUGUGCGGAGCUGAGCUGCAGGACCAAGGACAGCAGCGGGCAGCGAGGCAUUGCUCACUUGGAGUGGGUGCAGCCAGGAGAACCUGCAGACAGCCCUGAGGAUCCCUGGCUUGAGGCACAGCAGCCCCAAAACAGGGGCAUGGGGUCGAAAAUGGGCAGUGGCUCCUCUGUGAGUGACUGGGUGAGGAAAUCUGCCAUGCUGGGGAACACAUCUCUCCAAGUGCCUCAAGUUGACACCCAGGCAGAAACAAUAGAUGACACUGAAUUUGAGCUCAUCAGUGUGGGAGACUUAGUGAACAAUUAUCCCACAGCACUGCCUCCAAAGCGUGAGGCAACUCCCGGUGUGCCAACAGCUUUGGCCUCCCGGGGAAAGUUAUCCACAACACAGCACUUUGACUGUGCCACUACAGAAGAAGACGAAGAGAAGUCUCAGGAUGUGGCCAGCAGCAAGAGACAAUCCAGUUCCUCUCUGAGCUCAUGGAUCAAGUCAGCACAGAUGCCCACGAGCUCCCCUGAAGGUUCAGUCCCGAGGGGAAGUGGUUUUGCCUCCUUCACACCUGGGAGAACAAAGGAGAAGAUCCUGGACGCUCGGUUUCUGAGGGAUGAUGAUUACAGGCAGCUUCUGGCAGGGGUGGAGCAUGACUGGCUUGUCCAGAGACUGAUGCCUACUGGGAUUUUCAGGGCCAAAGAGCUUCACAAAGCAUACUCUGCUCUUCUUCUGAAAUACUCCAAGAAAUCCGGGCUGUGGACGGGCCAGGAGACAGCCGUGUUCAUCGGGGACUACCUGAAUGUGGCCAAGGAAGGCAAGCAGAGAAGUGCCUUUUGGAUACACUUCCUGCACCAAGAGGAAAGCCUGGGAAGGUAUGUUGGGAAGGAAUAUAAAGAAGAAAAAGGACUCCUCCAUCAUUUCAGUGACGUGGAGCGCCAAAUGACCGCCCAGUACUACGUGACAGAGUUCAACAAGAGGCUGUAUGAGCAGAAGGUCCCUACCCAGAUCUUUUAUAUCCCCUCUGCAGUGCUCCUGAUCCUGGAAGACAGAACUAUAAAGGGGUGUGUGAGUGUGGAGCCCUACAUCCUCGGGGAGUUUGUGAAGCUCUCCAACAACACCAAGGUAGUGAAGAAUGAGUACAAAGCCACGGAGUACGGUCUGGCUUACGGCCACUUCUCCUACGAGUUCUCCGAGGGAACUGACGUCGUUGUCGACCUUCAAGGUUGGGUGACAGGUAAUGGGAAAGGCCUCAUCUACCUCACAGACCCCCAGAUUCAUUCCCUCAAUAGCAAAGACGUCUCACGCUCCAACUUUGGGAAGAAAGGAAUUCACUACUUCUUUAACGAUCAGCACGUGGAGUGCAAUGAGAUCUGCAGCUGCCUGUCUCUGACGAGGCCCUCGCUGGAGCUGCUGGCCUAGGCUGGCACAGGAUUGGGCACAAUUUCAGAUGGAUCAGGAGCUCUGUCUUCAUCCGGGGCUUGGAUACCGGAAAUCAUGGAUUUAUCGCCUCAUCGCCUGAAGAACUGGGACGCACACGUGGCCCCAAACACAGAGAGUUUAAAUUAUUGCUUCAUAUUAGUGGUACAAAUAGGGGAUUAUUGAGGGAAUAAACAGGUGUCUCUGAGGGUGGUGAAUUUAAUAUUUUGGCUGUAAAUUUCAUCUUGGAGCUACUGACAAAAAGAAAAAAAUUGCCUUUAUUUCCUCUGGUUUCAGAAUAAAGUAACUUGAACUGA